AUGGAGGAGCCGAACGAAACGGCUGUCGCGGAUUUUCCAAACGGAGAAUUCGUUUUCGAAAAUAUCACCGAACAGUAUGAAAAUUCCGAUUAUUUCCUGCCCAACUGGAUCCUAGCGGUUUAUUUCGCGUUCGUUUUGAUCGGAAGCGCCGUCGAUUUGAUCUACGUAUUGGCCCUUUUGAGGUGCAAAAAGGACGGUACGUUCGCGAUAAUCCUGCAAUUGGUACUGGCGGACGCGUUAGCUCCUUUUUUGGCCGUCGUGGAAAUUUUAACGAUAAACAACAAGACGUGGAUUUUCUCGCAAAACACGUGCCAGCUCUACAACGGCUCGGAGGUGCUGAUCAACAGCCUGCAACUGUGGCUGGUGAUUUGCGCGAAUUUCCACGUGAUUUCCUUGUGGAAUUUGCGCCAGAACGAGCAGGCGCGAAAGCGCAACAACAACCCGCUGACGAGCUGCAGGGACGAGUCCAACGAAUGCCUGGUGUCCAGAAGGGAGAUCAACAUCGAUUACAGGCGAAGGAAGGAGGACGUAUCGGUGGCGAUACCGUGCGUAUUGGUUUGGUUUUUCUGCUUGUCGUUGAGCAUACCCAAUUUGACGUUCUCCUCGGUCAUCAAAACGAACAAUUUGUCGUGCGUUUUGGUCAACAAUUCCUACGGGUACUUCAUUCGAAUAUUGAUACUAGUUUUUAGAGUGAUCGUACCGUUACCGCUGUUAGUAUUUUCGUUGGUAUGCAUAGUGAUAAAAUUAACGAAAUCCUCUCUCAACGACAUCAAGAAUAUUUUAACCAAAGAUAUAUCGGAAAUGCGGCUGUUGCUCGUUUUUUGCGUCUCUUUGACUGUAUUGUACUUAUGCACGUCGUUUCAAAGGAGCCUUUUCCACGUUCUUCACAUCAGCUUCGAGGACUUUUACGACGGAAAGGAAUAUUUGAAAGUAACCCCGCUUUACCAUAUACCUUCGAAUAUUUCGAACAAAAUGAGCUUGACUAUGCUCCAUUACAGCUGCAACACCUUAAGGGUUGUACUGAUAUUCUGUCUUUUACCCAAAUUUAAAGAUUUACUAAGGAAGAAAGUGUUCGUUUGCUUGUAG